AUGGGCGGCCUCGGGAAAUUAUUCCAUCUUGCGGUGGAUGCUGUGUUAGUGUCCACUGUUGUUGCUGGUGUCAGAAGAUCAAGUGGUUUCACGCCCGAGACUGCUGUUAUCACCGAACCUACGUUGCGUUCAGUGGCGGAACGUUACCUGGGCAUUGGAGAGACAGUAUUUGACAUGAUACAAGGAUCCGCGGUUACUAGCAAAUACUUCAAGCGCGAUAGAUGA